AUGACUCGAGACUCGGAGUCGGCGGGAGUCGACGUGGGAUCCAAGGGAAAGACUUGGAAGCGCCAUGUCUGGGACAGUCUAGAUAAGUCGCCCAAGGAGCGGCGCUUCUUGCUCAAGCUGGACCUGACACUGCUGACAUUCGGCUGUCUCGGUUUCUUCAGCAAGUUUCUGAACCAGACUAAUCUCACGAAUGCCUUUGUGUCUGGGAUGAAGGAAGAUCUCGACAUGUUCGGCAAUGAGCUGAACUACGCCAUGACCGCCUUCACCGUCGGUUACAUCGUCGGCGAAAUUCCCAGCAACAUCCUGCUGACCCGGAUCCGUCCAUCCAUUUAUAUCCCAGCGCUGCAGGUUAUUUGGACCGUCCUGACGUUCUGUCUUGCUGCGGUGAAGAACAACACGCAGCUCUACGCCGUGCGUUUUCUAAUUGGUCUCGCCGAGGCCGGGUACUAUCCCGGGCUCCAGUACAUGAUCGGCUCCUGGUACCGGAAGGACGAGAUGGCCAAGCGGGCCUGCAUCCUCAACGCCAGCGGCUCUAUCGCCAUGCUCUUUUCCGGCUUCCUGAUGGCCGCUGUCACAAGCCUCGGCGGGCGCGGCGGGCUGCCUGGAUGGAAAUGGCUUUUCAUCAUCGACGGCGUGAUUUCGUUCCCGAUAGCCAUUGGCAGCUUCUUCUUCCUGCCAGACUUGCCGCAGAACGCCAAGACGAGAGUCUUCUCGGAGGAGGAGAUCGCUCUAGCUAAGCACCGCAUGGUGCUCGAGGACCGUAAGCCUCGUGCUCCCUUUACCGUGGCAAAGGUCAAGAUGGUGGUCUCGUCGUGGCACAUCUGGCUUCUGAGCUUGUACUACAUCUUUAUCAGCGGGACAAGCGGCACGCCCAUCUUCCCGCAGUUUCUCAAGUACCACGAGAACCCAAAGUUCACCGUCCAGCAGAUCAACCUGUAUCCCAGCGGCGUGUUUGCCGUCCAGGCCUUCUCCGCUGUCGUGUAUGCCUGGAUCUCGGACACGGUCCUCAAGGGGCGCCGCUGGCCCAUUCUCCUGUUUGGCGCCGUCCUGAACCUCAUCACCUGGGCCUCGCUCGCCGCAUGGUACAUCCCGGACGGGUGGAAAUGGACCUGCUACUACCUGGCCGGUCAACACGUUGGCCUGUCCGGCAUCGUGUUUACGUGGGCCAACGAGAUCUGCACCGACGACACCGAGGAGCGCGCCAUCGUCCUGGCCACCAUGAACACCAUGGUCGGCGUUGUCGCGACGUGGCUGCCGCUGAUUGUCUGGCAGCAGAUUGAGGCCCCGCGCUAUCGCAAGGGCUUCAUCACGGCGUCGUGCAUGGGCGCCGUCUGUCUCAUCCUCAUUCCUCUCAUGAAGGUGCUGCAGGACAAGGAAACUAUCAAGUGA